AUGUACUGUUGUUGGGAUACGCAGACGAAUGACCCUCUGCCUCAACAGACUAUCAGUCUCAUGAGGGCGACAAUGCCUGAGGCGCAGGAGAUGCCGCACGUCUUCGUAAUUUUCGGAGCUUCGGGAGAUUUGGCAAAGAAAAAGAUUUACCCUACGUUGUGGUGGCUAUUUCGAGAUAAGCUGCUGCCAAAAAUCAUACUGUUCGUCGGCUACGCUCGGUCGAACUUGGAGAUGGCUGACAUCCGGAAACACAUUUUGCCGUUCUGUCGGGUUUCGGAAGCUGAUGAGAAGUUGUUCGAAACUUUUCUAAGUCACAACCGGUACAUUUCUGGCAGCUAUGAGGCUCCCGAUGGAUAUUUGAAGUUGAAAAGUACCAUAGCUGAUUUCGGCAAUAGUCAUCGUGCUUGUCCGAAUCGAGUUUUUUACUUGGCCGUGCCCCCGACCGUUUUUCAGCCUGCCACUCGCAACCUGCAUCAGUACUGCAUGUGCAAGUAUGACAAAGGCUGGUCGCGAGUGAUCAUCGAAAAGCCGUUCGGCAAGGAUCUGGAGAGUUCGAGGGAACUGUCACGGCAUCUUAGCAGUUUGCUACGCGAGGACCAGAUUUAUCGCAUCGACCAUUACCUCGGAAAAGAAAUGGUGCAGAACCUGAUGGUGUUGCGAUUCGGAAACCGCAUAUUCAGUCCCAGCUGGAACCGCGAGCACAUCGACUCCGUCACCAUUUCGUUCAAGGAGACGAUCGGCACUAUGGGUCGUGGCGGCUAUUUCGAUGACUACGGCAUCAUCAGGGAUGUUAUGCAAAACCAUCUGCUGCAAAUAUUAUGCCUUUUUGCCAUGGAGAAGCCAGCGUCGUUGCAAUCGGACGACAUCCGCGACGAGAAGGUGAAGGUGUUGAGGUUCAUGAAACCGAUCGAGCUGCAGAACGUGGUUCUUGGCCAGUAUGUUGGUGACCCUAAUGCGCAGGACAAAGAGGCAAGGCUGGGCUACCGCGAUGACCCGUCGGUGCGGAAAGACUCGAGAACGCCUACCUACGCCCUGGCCAUCUGCAUGAUUCACAACGAGCGCUGGGAAGGUGUGCCGUUCUUUCUGCGCUGCGGCAAGGCGCUGAACGAACCCAAAGCCGAGGUACGGGUGCAGUACAAAGACCUGCUGCGCGACAUCUUCCCGACCGGUCAGAUCAAGCGCAACGAGCUAGUGAUCAGGGUGCAGCCGAAUGAAGCCGUCUACACGAAGCUGAUGUGUAAAAAGCCGGGCAUGAGUUUCGACCUUGACGAAACGGAACUCGACCUGACUUAC